AUGCUUUUCCAAGCGUUCAUUCUAUUCAUUUGCCUCUUUACCUCCAAAAGUAGCUCUGUUCCACAUUCUUACAACUCUGGCGCACUCACUCCAUUUACCGGUGAUGCCAAGUCGGCCGAGAUCGCCGUUCGUGAUCUUUCCACGAAAGAUGUACUUUGUUGGUAUGGUACUGUACCACCGCCUGUGAACUCGUGUACCUACGUAUACGAGAUACUUCAAGAUCGCGAAGGUUUCAACUUUUACGUCUGCGAUAGAAGUCUUGAUGCCAAUGCAAAGUUGUUGGUCCAACUUAAUUUAGGAUACAACAUUGACACCAAAAUUGAUACUCGACAAACGCCUUUACUACACAACAUCUCAGUACGAAUAACCAAUGAUGCUAUGAGUAACUACCCUUCCUCCGUUUGGUACAAGACCUGGUUUGUACUUCCAACUAUAACCUCGAAAGCUCCGGAUGGUCGAUUGAUUGGUUGGCAAUCAUUUAAUACUUGCGAAAGAACUCUGGUAAGUAAAUUAUAUUUCAACCAUGGCAUUGCUUCUGAAUUGUAUCUUCGUUAG